CGUGCCGGAAGGAGAAGAGCCAACCUUGCCCUGCCCCCAUGUGAAGCAAGGAGGAAUCACCCAUCAUCACCUGUGUAAUUGCCACAAGACAACACACCCUUCAGCUACUGGUACACCUGUGUCUCAGGUGUCAGGAGAGAGAGAGAGUGCUGAACACUUGAACAGCUCUACAAACAAGAUUUGUGAAUUUCACCGCAAAGCCCUUUCAUCCCAUGAGACCUGCCACAUCAUGAGAUCACAAAACCUAUUCCUACUGGUUUACCUAGUGGGGUGCUCCUUUGGGGCAUCACGUGCACAAAGUAAUGCAACCUGCACUACUGGAGAAACCUGUGGUCAGGUGUCAGAUUCAACCUCGCACUUCCUACAAUGUGUGGGAUUGCCAUCAACAGACACAGGAAGAGACUACAUGCAGAGGCUGAAAGGAAUGCUUGAAGCAACAAUGGAUGUGUACACCUUCAUGAGGUCCAGCAUGACCGGAGUGCCCCUUCUCAGCCUGGAGGAGGCGCUGGCAUUAAACCCCGGAGCAGACCCUCUCCAGAACGAAGCCCUGAUCCAGAUGUGGAUGGAGGUCAAGAUCAAACCGCUGUUGCAAUCCAUCACCAAACACUCCCUGUCCUGCCUCAGCACCAAGAAUUUCAGCUGCUCCACCUACCAGACUGUGGUGAGGGAGCUCAGUGACUAUUAUUCUGAGAUGAAUCCAGUCAGACAAAAGUGGAUCUACACAUUCUUUAUGUACCCAUUUCUGUCUGGAGACAGAGUAGCUGGUUGUGUGAGCCAAGAGGAGAGCAGUGAGGAGUGGUUAAUGAAGAAUUUUGGUGCCUUCAGAGCAAUGGCCCGAAUUAAGGACUUUUCAACACUCAACAUGGUCUUCAGUGGAUUGGAGGUUCUUCACCUGCUGACUCCAGUGCAGAAGGCCGAGCUGCUGCUGAGGCCCACGGUCUCAGGUUUAGACAAUGGCACCCUCAGCCUGGUCUUCAAUAGUUUGUUGACAGGGGACUCUGGCCUUCCCCCCAUUACCAUCCCUGGAGAGGCCUACAACUGGACGAGCCCUGAAAACCCUCCUACCUAUCCUCCACAGCCCACAUAUAACCCAUACCCACCACCAUCCCCAAACAGGCUCAGACAGGUUAUAAAUGGGUUCAUGAUGGCUCUUAGACCCAUUAGAAGCUUCGUUCAUGACUUUGUGUCUUUCACACAAGAGAGGAACAUGUCAGAAAUAAGAAGCACCACUCUGACCCAGUUCCUGCUCAACUUUACUCUGGCUGAGCUGGCAGACAUGUACCGGCCACAAAACACAUCUGUAGAUCCAGAAAGGCCAACGUUUGAUGUGACUAAUGUGGAGGACUGGUACCAGCAAGUUGUGAUGCCGGUGCUACGGAGGUUCUUGCCGAAUGACGAGGCCCUGAUGCAGCAAAACAUCACCCUCGUCUUCUACCAAGUGUUCUAUCUGGACCAUAGUAUGGACAAUGAAACCUUUGUAGACCUGGAUGUCUGUAGCAUCACUCUUGAUAAGAACCCUUGCGGGCUGACUGAUGCAGUGGAAAAUGUGGCCUAUGUUUUGCACUGUGCUGCCCGUACCAACCUGACAAUGUCCGAGGCGACAAUCAUGAGCUUGAUUGUAGAGCUGACAGAACAUCUGAACUCACUGAUCAAAGAGUUAUCCACAGCAAACUUCAAUGAGGUGGCGUCCGACUUUCAGCAGAUCUUUGUUGAGGCGGACUCUCCCUCUCUGACCCAGGAACACCUGGAGGACCCGAACUUCAUCGAGCUCUGGUUUCAGAUCAAACUGAUGCCCCUCCUGCCUGAUAUAUCCACAGGCCUCCUGUCCUGCCUCAGCACCAAGAACUUCUCCUGCCCGGUUUACCAAACCAUUGUGGCAGCACUCAGCAAACACAUGAGUUUUAUGGAUGCUGAUCCGAUGUACAGUCAUAACAUCUAUGAGCACUUCAUCUAUUCCUUCCUGCUGCAUCACAACACCUCUGACCCCCAGUGUAUCUCCUCAGCCAAUCACAGUGCAGAAUGGCUGAAAAACAACUUUGGUUUCUUCUCAAGAUUUGCCUUCAUCACUGACUUCUACAAACUCAACCCAAACUUCUCUGGACUGGAGGUUCUUCAGCUCUUGUCUCCAAAACAGACAGCAGAGAUGCUGCUAUUGCCUCUUCCUACUCCACCUGAGAAAGACUUUGUUAUCAAACAAGUGUUUGACUUCCUAUUGGAGUCCCCCGAAGACAGGAAACUUCCAGAGGUCCUGCACUCCCUGAUCGAGCUCGCCAAAGAGGUCAAUCCACCCUGCAGUGUCUACAAACCCAUUUUUGAGAGAUUGUACGGAGCCAAACCAUAUCUGCCACUAGACAUGGAACCUGUCACCUGGGCUGUCAUAGAUGACCUGAUAAACAUCGCACCAGAGGAAUGCGUGCCAGAGAACAUCGUGUGUGCAGUAACCCAGUCCAAUGGUACUAACAUCUGCAAAGGAAUUAACAGCUCUGACCUGCACUCUUACAUGAAAACAUCUAUGGAAGUUUCCUGCAAUUUUACCCUGGAGACAUAUGCAUGUGCACAGCUGGAGAACUUCACAGCCAAUCAGCUGGUGUCUCUUCUGAAGUGUAAUCUGCCUGGAAACAGCAGCCACUCCAAAGUGCUGUGGAAGAUGCUGCUGACUAAGCUAUCCUUUGUCUUGGACCCAGCUCUGGACAUCUUGGCUAACAUGUCCAUGACCAUGGUCGGUCCAUCAGCGACGGAGGUUUUGGAUGUGAUUGGGGAGAUCAGAGUGUCGAUGCUGACUGAUGAGCAGCUGAUGAACAGCAGUGUCAUCAGGAAGUGGUUCUCUGGCCGUCUGAGCAGGUUCCUGCCGUCUGCAUCAGGAAUGUUUCUGCGCUGUCUGAGCCGCAGAAACCUCAGCUGUCAUUCAUACCAGCAAAUACUGCAGGUAUUUAUCCAUCAUUUUGAUGACAUGACGUCAAAACAACAGCAUGUGGUCUUCCAGGAUUUCAUCCUCCGUUUCCUGUCACACUCAGGUUCAGGCUGUGUGUCUUUCUCCAACGGCAGUGCAGAGUGGCUGAUACAGAAUCUGGGUCCAUUUUCAGCAUUUUUGUCCCUCAAUGAGCUCCUGCAUCUCAACCCACACUUCAACCCUCUGGAAGUCCUACAACUCCUGACUCCAAAGCAGAGUGCAGAGCUGCUGGUGUUGACAGACAAAGACGUCAUCAUAAAUAUGAUCUUUGAUUACCUGACUGAGUCUCCUGACAAGGGGAAUAUUCCCGAGUUCCUGUUCUACCUCGUCAUGUUCCUUAAACAGGGAAACCUUUCCUGUUCAUCCUACAAAACACUGUUUACCAGACUGGACUUGGCCAUGGCAACAGUCUCUCUUGAUGUAGCGUCAUCCAUCACAUACAGCAAGAUGACCUUAUCCAUGCACAUACCACCAGGUUGCAUCAUAUACGUUGGAGAGUGCAAUGUUACCAUGGCAAAUGAAACAGACAUUUGUGUUGGAGUGAACAGCACAAUGCUGCAGCUCCACCUCGACAGCGGACGGAUGAAUGGAAGUUUCUGUGACUUUGCUCUUGAGGAAUUCGCUUGUGCCUCGCUGUCAGCGUUGAAAGCAGAGGAUCUGACAGCGAUGUUGGCGUGUAGUCUCUCCUCCAACUCCAGUGGCUCAAGACCUGUCUGGAAGCUUCUCCUCUCCAAAGCCUCACAUGUGCUGGAUGAAGCUCUGGAUCUUCUAACCGACACGACUCUGGACCCCAGAAAUCCUGCAGUGUCAAUGGUUUUGGACUCUAUACGAGAAAUCCGAUUGGACACAUUCAGCAUGGCCAGCCUCAAUGAUCCCGCCUUCAUCCAGCUGUGGUUCAAACGCCGGCUUCGUCCAUUCCUGCCCGCUGUUUCCCCUGAAUUCCUUUCAUGUCUCACCACAAAGGAAUUGAACUGCAGCACCUACCAGCACAUCAUCCAGAUUUUGAGCGAUCUCCAGCCACAAAUGACACUCCCCAGGCAGAUGUCUGUCUACACACAUUUCAUCAAGGUUUUCCUGACCAAGAAUAACACCGAAGACCCCAGCUGCAGCUUGCACAUUAACAACAGUGGAGAAUGGCUGCAGAAGAACUUGGGAGGUUUCUCUGUCCUCGUGUCCUUUCAAGACCUGCAGAUGCUCUAUUUGAACUUUUCAGCGAUGGAAGCCUUACCACAGCUGACAGUCAGACAGCUAGCAGAGGUGUCCGCCACACCUGGCCAGCUCACCUCUCCUACCCAGGUUACCAUGGUGAUGAAACACAUCCCCAACCAAUUCCUCCCCGCGUUCUUUGAUGACUUCUCGCCUGCUAUCACGGCUAAUGAAAACAUGUUACCCUCUCCAGUGAGGUCAGCCAUGUUAGAAGUUGUGUUUGAUCGUGCAAACCUCUCAGAUCCCUCAGUUGGUGAUUCAGUCGUGUUGCUGUGGCUCAACAACCGACUGCGCCCCCUACUGGUCAACCUGUCACCGCUCCAUGUUGCACCGUUCUUCAGAAUACUGGCCGAAAGAAACUGCAGUAUCCAGCAGCAGGGAGUCGAAGACCUAAAUUCAACAAUCACAUCUCUCAAUGAAGUUACACAGAAAAAAAUCCACAACCAAAUCAUUCAGGCUCUCAAAGGACCGAUACCUCUCCAGUGCUACGGUGACAACUACAACCAUAGUUUCUACAGUUUCUUGGAGCGCUCCUUCCUGGGAUUCCAGUUCCCCAACCUGACCACCUUCCUGUCCCUCAUACCUCACAACAGGAUGCAUCAGCUGGUGAACUCCAUGCCUCCAUCAGCUCUUGGGAAUUUUCUCCGACGCCCUGACAUCGUCGACAACGAUGCAGAGCUCUGUGUGAUCUACAACAACUACAUCCAGACACCGAUAUUCCUGGAGACUGAAUCUCUCCCGGCAGUGGUGCGGCGGCCCACACUGCCUUGCGUCUGGCCCGUGGCUCUCAGCAGCUCCAACAGGUCAGAGGUCAACGCCUGGUUUGACCGACGCCUUCACAACUACUUGGUCUUCCUCACAAAGAGUCUGAUCAGCCCCAAUACCACACACAACGCCUCCUGCCUGGCCUUCCAAAAGCUCAUUUCAGUUCUUGGUGAAUACAACUACACUGUUGCAGACUUUAAGAGGCAAGAUAUGUUCAACACCAUCAGGGCCUACCUCACCUCAGCGAUGGCGCCAAGGUGUUACAAUCCCAGCGACCCAGAACUAAACUCCACAGCCUGGUUUGCUGAGUACAUCGGCCCUUUCAUGCCUUUCCUCACUCUGGAGGAUCUUCAGACAUUUGGAUCUGCACAGGUUAUCCAGGUGUUCACAGUGAACCUUCUUAACAUCGCCCUCCUCAAUCACUCCGCUUUACCUCUCAACCUCACCAACUACUACACUGAGCUCGUUUAUCAACAGGACAGCAACUUCAACCCCUUACUACUUCCUCUGUUGUGUCGGUGUGUCGUUCCUGGUCCAGCUUUCAGCCAGCUGACUGCAGAAGAAAGUAUGAUAGUUCUGCACAACCUGACCACUCUCUGUACAAGCCUGGACCCACAGGUUUCUGCAGCUUUGGCGGGUAACUUUGGUGACAACAUUGACGCUAGGGUCAUUUUUGCCCUCGGCAGUGAAAGCACCGGCCUGUCCACUCAUCAGAUCAUGAUGAUAAAGCCUCAGGACCUAUUUGCUGCCCUCGGCACUCUCAGCAGUGUGAUAGGUUGGAAUAAAGGUCAGGCCAAUGCCAUUAUCCAGUCUCUGAUGUCUUCUGGGAUCCUGCAGAUCAACAGCGCAUCAUCGUUGUUUGUGCUGGGCUCUCUUGUUGUGGGUGUACCCGUGACAACGUUCAGCAGUAUCAACGGCUCCCAGCUGCUUACUGCAUCCAAAAAUCCUUCAUUUAUGGGACACAUGAUGUCUGCUCCACAGAUCGUCCAGCAGACCUUUGUUACUCAGAUCAUAUCAGUGAACAGCAACAGUGAGACGAUGAUACAGAACGUUCCAGAUGAACUGGCCACUGAGAUCCCUCGUGUUCUGCUGCUGGGCUUCUCAAAUACCGGCAGCGUUAUCACCACAGUCAACAAGAAGAAAUGGAAACGGCAGCAGGCUGAGUUGUUCUUUAAUGUAAUAGCUGUGGAAUCUGCGACGACAGUGCUGGGAAGUCCAGACAAUUUGUCAUCCUCAGUGCUGCAAGGGUUCACAUGCACUGGAGUGAGGACCAUUCAAAAGGUGCAGAUCAAGAAGCUGAUCAAAGCCUGUCGGAGGAAAGGCAGGAACAAGGUCACACUGGUGGAGACUCAGCUGACCUGCAUGUACAACUACAUUAAAGGAGACUCAGAUGCCACCAGCUUCGACCUCUAUCCUUCUGAUAUCCUGCUGUACUAUGAUUACUCCCUGGUGCCACAGGCCAGCUGCAGGUCCUAUUUUGAACAGCUGGCAGAUGCAGACUUCUCCGUCUUCUCCUCCGCCCUCAGCUACAAACUGACUGCUCUGUUUGCUAAUGCCAGGAGCUGCCUGGGUAUAACAAACACAAGUUUGACUGAGGAUAAUAUAUCAGUGUUGGGAAACAUGUGCUGCACUCUGGAUGGGUCCUUCAUCGAGAACUCUGACCCGUCCAUCUUGGAAAAACUCAAGAACUGCCCAGACCUCACUGGCGCUCAAGUGACUGCUGUUGAAGCUUUACUGCAGAGCGGGAAAACACAGUACGGAUCUCCAUCAACAUGGAAUGGUCAGACUCUGAAGGACCUCGGGAUGUUACCGCUGUAUUUGACUUCAACCUUUUAUAAUAACUUUGACAAAAAAACGAAGCGGACGUUCUUGAGGUACUUCCUGACAGUUAUUAGGAGCAACGGAGUGGACAGACAGAAGAGGAGGAGGCUGAAGAAUGAAAUAAGAGAUUCCAUUAUAAAUAAGUCAAAGCGAUCUAUAGUAAAUGAGUGCACUGUAGGAAAGAUCACCCAGGUGACUAUCAGCGAUGAGACAUUCCCCUUCGACUAUAAUGACAUAACCCAGUUCAACUGCUGCCUCAGUGCCACCACUGUUAAAGACAACUUGGAUUCCAUCACUGGGAAGGUGGACCAGGAGGAAUACCUUAAGAUUGUUCUCAGCAAGUUGCGAGAGGCUUACCCUGCCAACUCUACCAUCCCAGAGGGUCAGGUUCAGCUCUUAGGCCCAGCAUCCCGUGUGGCCACUAUUGAUGACAUCAACAUGUGGAGUAUCACUAAGAUCGACACACUCUCUGCUUUGAUGGACGCGUCGAACGGGCAGUGGGACCCGAGCCUGGCUAAGGCCAUCAUCUCUAAGUAUCUGAGUAAGGAAGGGAACAAACUGGGCAGUGCUGAGCUCAACACCAUCGGAGGAGCCAACCUGUGCUCUGUGGACACGAACGUUUUGAAGAGCAUUUCCCAACAAAGCCUCAAAGAAGCCGACGCCCUGACCGUGUCCAGCUGCACCACAGAGAAAAAGAAAGAACUGUUCACCAUCGCCAGACAAGCAUUUGAGACAAACACCCGCUCAACUGUCUCUACUACUUCUUACCAGCUGACAAAACCUUAUGUCGGGGGUGCAGAUUUAGAAUAUGUCCGAAGUUUGGCAGCCUCCAAUAUCACCAUGGACAUGGCUACCUUCACCAGUCUGGAUAAGAAUGUUGUACUGAACCUGACUGUUAAUGAAGUUCGGGGUCUUCUUGGCACCAACCUGGCAGAUUUGAAGACCUAUGAAAACCAAACGCUAGUACAGAGCUGGAUCAGCAGGCAGCCCCAGUCACAGCUUGACAUGCUGGGAGUCGGGUUUCUGGCAGGCAGGGUUGACUUAAUAACCUCCACCGCCUCUACAACCCACUCCAACUCUACAGCCACCAGCUCCUCCUCAUCAUCAACAACUACUGGAUCCAGACCCAGCAGCUCCACAGCAGGAUCUUCUACCACAACAGGUAACAAUGGUGCCCACAUCCGAUCAGAUGCUGGCUUCUCCUUCCUUGUUGUCCUGGCGCUCCUCAUCGCUUCUCAGCACAUUCUUGUAUGAAGAAACGCAUGGCUGAUUAUUGUAAUUGAUAAAUAUAAUUACAAGUACACUAAUAGAAGGAAAUACUGUAGCUUUGUGCUACAUUGUAUUGCUUACUAUGAAGAAAGUAUUUCAUGUGCAAUAACAAUACAGAUCUUUUAGUGGCAAGUAUGUAUGCUCUGAAUCUUUUUCAUGCAUCAUUUUUAUGUAUGAAAAUAUAUUAUAUUUACUUUGUCUUUUUUUCCUGGUGGUUCAGUUGUUUUAAAUGUUAUGAAUGUUGAAUGUUAUAAAUGAAGGCUAAACAGAAAAAUUAAGGUGGUUUUUGCUGUAUUUGGGUUGCUGUAAUCCUGUGUAUCCAUUUUGAACACAUACCUUGAAAACGGCAUGCCUGGAGCUGUAUGAGAUUAAUAAUAAAUGCACAUUGUAUAUUGUUCCACAGUCAUCAAAGCUCA